CUACCUUAGGUCAGCUGCAGCAGUGCUCACCCAUGGGUCUUCCAAAACAGCUGAUUUUACAGAAGGCACACACGCCCCUCAAGUUGCAGAUGCAAUCAAAUCCAAACAACCAAGGGAAGAAAUGAUAUAAUACUCUGGCCAGUGCGUGGAUGCUGUUUAUAGAGAAACAGUCUGAUACAGUGGCUGGCCUGUGUUGGUGCAGAUUUCUCACCUGCUGAUGUGAAGAAAAGAUUGUUUUUCAACUCAUACAGAGACAAUUGUUCAGUAAAGAACGUCUUAAUUGCAGCUGACCUCUUUGGUCUCAUCCCAUACUAUGUCAAAUUGAUUGCUUUUGGUUCAUCUGGAUUCGGUAACAAAAUCAUUGGGAGCCCAGAUAUGAUGAUAAGAUGUGGUCAUUACCAGAUUCAGGACUCAAAUGCAGUCAUUGUAUUUUGUAUCCCAGGAAAUAAGAAAACCACUUUGGCAUUCCCACUUGUUUUCAACGAGGGACAAUAUUCACCUACAUAAAAGAAGAAAAUGGUGUGAUUUUCCUUGAAGCUGUGGUACUAGCUGCUAUAAUGUUCCUGUUAUCAGUACCACUCUGUUUAAUCUGCAGCUGAACUCAAGAAAGCCAAGCCCUUCAAAGAGCUACUUAAAAGACAAGGAUUUGAAGGAAAGCAGAUAAGAAAGAAGCAGUGAUAAAUAUGGUAUCCUUUUGGAGAUAAAGGGUUAAGAAAGGAGUGAAUGAUUCAACGUAGUCGGUUAGAGCCGCUGCUUUUUUAAGAUGAGAAGCUGAUGUACAGUUGAAGAAACUGCCUUCUUUUCAGCUUUGGGUACUUAGCAGGAAGAUAUCAUGGCCACUGAAAAGAUGAAGACUGAGACUAAUAGCCUCAGGUCAGCCACGGUGACUGUGCUUCAUGACUAUGUGGGCUGCAGGACCUUUGAGGUGCCAUCUUCCACAUCAGUGGGAGCCAUAAAAGAGUUAGUUUAUCCAGAGAUAGGUUUUCCUGUCGCCGAACAGCGCCUGUACUAUCACGGAAGAGAGUUAUCAGAUUGUGUUGAGGUUGGGGACCUUCAAACUUCUCAGAAUCAUGUAUUUCUAAAUCUUUUGUCAAAGGGACUAAAAGGAGGAGGUCGUUUUGGACAAACAACCCCACCACUUGUUGAUUUCCUUAAAGAUAUUUUAAGAAGAUAUCCAGAAGGAGGACAAAUUCUUAAGGAAUUGAUUCAGAAUGCAGAAGAUGCUGGUGCCACAGAGGUUAGGUUUCUAUAUGAUGAGACUCAGUAUGGGACUGAGUCUGUCUGGUCUAAAGACAUGGCUCAUUACCAAGGUCCUGCACUUUAUGUAUACAACAAUGCUGUUUUUACCCCUGAGGACUGGCAUGGCAUUCAGGAGAUAGCAAGAAGCAGAAAAAAAGAUGAUCCACUUAAAGUUGGAAGAUUUGGAAUUGGUUUUAAUUCAGUGUAUCAUAUUACAGAUGUCCCCAGUAUAUUUAGUGGUGAUCAAAUUGGAAUGCUUGAUCCACAUCAGACACUUUUUGGACCCCAUGAAUCAGGUCAGUGUUGGAACCUGAAAGAUGACAUCAAAGAAAUUAAUGAGUUGACCGACCAAUUUACACCUUUCAUUGGUGUGUUUGGGAGCACUAAAGAAACCUUCAAAAAUGGACACUUUCCUGGUACGUUCUUCCGCUUUCCUCUUCGCCAACAACCUUCCCAGCUGAGUAGCAAUAUUUAUAACAAGGAAAAAAUUCUAGAAUUGUUUGACUCAUUCAGAGCAGAUGCAGACACAGUUCUUUUGUUCCUUAAAAGUGUGCAAGAUGUUUCCUUACAUGUUAGGGAAACUGAUGGGACGGAGCGACUAAUUUUCAGAGUUACUGCCAGUGAAAAUAAAGCUUUGAAGCAUGAGAAACCCAACUCCAUCAAGAUUCUGGGAAAUGCAACAAACCAGUAUUGUAAAGGCAUUCCAAGUAACAGCAUAACAUGUGUAACAUACCACAUUAACAUUGUUUUAGAAGAUGAAAGUAUUAAAGAUGCACAGAAGACAUCCUGGUUGGUAUGCAACAGUGUUGGGGGAAGAGGAAUAUGCAACGAACUGGAUUGUUUGGCUGAUGACUUGAAGUAUAUCCCAACUAUUGGCAUAGCUAUGUCUUUAUCAAAUGAAGGAGAGGGGAAAGGAGCGGUGGCAGAGUUUUCAGGAAGAGCAUUUUGUUUUCUUCCUUUACCACCUGGUGAGGAAAGUAAGACAGGUCUCCCAGUUCAUGUUAGUGGGUUUUUUGGCCUUACUGAUAACAGAAGGAGUAUCAAAUGGAGAGAGCUUGACCAGUGGCGAGAUCCAGCAGCCUUGUGGAAUGAGCUUCUUGUGGCCAAUAUGGUCCCCAAAGGUUAUGCAACCCUUAUAUUGGAGGCAAUUAAACGAAUGAAAACAGAAGAGAAUUCAGAUUUCCCUCUGACAGUUGACAGAAUUUACAGACUAUGGCCCCAAAAAAACAAAAUAAAAGUUCACUGGGAAUCAAUUAUAGAACCUAUUUUGAAAGAAUUAUUUCAGAAUGAAGUUAUUUACUCCAUUAGAGAUAAAUGGAUAAAGGUGGAAGAAGUAUACUUCUCAGAAAUGGACGAAAGCUUGGAAUACACCCAGGCUGUACUAAACUACCUCCAGGAUUCAGGGAAAGAAGUUGCUAAAGUACCAGACAAUAUUGCUAAAGCAGUUGACCUCAUUGUUUCUAGUACAAAACCUGUGAAAAAAGUGAUUCCUAGUACAGUACGUCAAGUGUUAAGAAAAUCUGGACAUAAGGGACCUGCUGAUGAAAAGCUUCGUAUCUUAGACUUUGUGCUUAGUGAUGAAAACUAUAAUGAACUUAUUGGACUUGAGCUUUUGCCCUUACAAAAUGGAAGUUUUACUUCAUUCUCUUCAUCUGCAUCAGAUCAAGACGCUAUUUACAUAACUUCAGAAAGUUACCCAAGGUCCCUCUUCCCAGGUUUUGAAGGAAGAUUACUCGCUGAUGACUUGAAGCCUCACAUUCUGGCAGCUUUGAAAGAAGCUGCCAAAAGCAGAGGAAGACCAUGCACUCAGCUGCAGCUUCUGAAUCCUGAACGAUUUGCACGGCUCAUUAAGGAAGUGAUGAAUACUUUUUGGCCUAGAAGAGAGAUAAUGGUGCAGUGGUUUCCACUUUCUGAUGAUAAAAGCCAGCCACCUGUUUCAUGGCUUAAAAUGGUGUGGAAGAAUCUCUAUAUACAUUUCUCUGAAGACCUGUCCAUGUUUGAUGACAUGCCACUUAUUCCAAAGACAUUACUAGAUGAAGGUGAAGAAGUAGUGGAGCUUAUUAGGUUGCGGAUACCAUCACCGAUUAUUUUAGAUGACGGAACUGAAAUGCAGCUCCCAGAAUUCUUACCUGAUAUCAUCGAGCAACUUGGUGGGAUUGUGAUUAAGAAACUAGACCCUGCUAUACAACAUCCAGGUUUAAAAAAAUACAUACAUGCUCCAUUGCCUAGUGUAGUUUUGCAGAUCAUGGAAAAGCUUUCUUUACAAAAAUUGACUAGUCAGGUUGCAUCCUUCCCCAUAUCCUAUAAAAAUGCUCUUAGAAGUUUCCUUGCUAGCUUAACAGACAUUACUGAAAAAGAGAAGAAAAUCAUCCAUGACCUAGUAUUAUUUAGGAGAGUUGAACAGUCACUUGAUGAAAACAUUACUUUUACUGCUUUGAAAGGUUGUAAAGUACUACAUCACACUGCCAAAAUUCCACCUGGUAUAAAAUUGUCUGUUUCACUAGUUGACAGUGGUGAUGAAGCUACCAUCCGUUUAGUAAAAAUACUAAAAGCUGAACAGCUAAGGAGCACAGACUGCAUAAAAUUUAUUUUAAAUGAUAUUCAAAGUGACUUUUAUUGUAAUGAUGAAGUAACAAAAAUUAUGCUCUGGAUUCUGGAAAAUCUGACUUUCUUAAAGAAUGAAAAUGCAGAAGUGCUGGAUUGGCUGACACCACUAAAAUUUAUCCAGAUUUCAGAAGGAAAAAUGGUACCAGCCAGUGAACUUUUUGACCCUGAAGUGGAAGUAUUACAGAAUCUAUUCUACGGUGAGGAAGAACACUGCUUUCCUCCUACUACUUUUAAAGCCUCUCCAGAUAUUCUUCAUUCCUUGAGAUUAAUAGGUCUAAAAAGUGAGGGCAGCUUGGAAGAGAAAGAUAUUUUGCGCAUAGCCCAUAAAAUUGAGAACUUAAAGGACUGUGCAGGUACAAGUCAUGAUGCACUUAAAAGAAAAGCCAGAACAUUAUUAAUGAUUUUGAACAAAAGUUCUUCAUUAUUGCAUUCAGCUGAAACAAAAGCAACACUGAAAAAAAUUAAAUGGAUUCCAGCAUGCAAGGAAAGACCUCCAAAUUAUCCAAGUUCAUUAACUUGGAAAGGUGAUCAUUGCAGUCUGUGUUCACCACCAGAAAUGUGUGAUUUAUCUCAAGCAACAUUGGUGGGCUCCUCUCUUCCCCUUGUGGAAAAUGUCCAACCAAGUGUUGAAAAGGCGCUAGGAAUUUCAAUCAAACCUAGCAUAAAAUCAAUGUUAAAACACUUUAAAGUAGUAGUAGAUUGGCACAGUUCCAAAAAAUUUAGUGAUGAAGAUUACUAUCAGUUUCAGCACAUCUUGCUUGAGAUAUACGGUUUCAUGCAUGAUCACUUAGAUGAAGGAAAAGAAGCUUUUAAAACUUUGAAAUUUCCAUGGGUGUGGACAGGUAAAACUUUCUGUUCACUUUCCCAAGCAGUGAUAAAAUCAGUACAUGAUCUUGAUCUCCAGCCAUAUCUGCAUAAUGUGCCAAAAACCAUGGCUAAAUUCCAUCAGUUGUUCAAGUGUUGUGGAUCAAUUGAACAGCUGACCCCAGACCAUGUUUCCAUGGUAAUUCAGAAAAUAUACCUCAAAAGUGAACAAUCCCUAACUGAAGAUGAGAGUAAGCAAAAUCUUCAUAUUAUGUUGAGUAUUAUAAGGUGGCUGUACAGAUGUCAGAUCCCAGCCAGUCUACAUACACCUGUUCCAAUAUACUGUAGCAAAAAACCUUACAGGCUCAACAUGAAACCAAUCCAUGAAUGCUGCUACUGUGAUAUCAAAGUUGAUGACUUAAAUGAUUUGCUUGAAGAUGCUGUGGAGCCAAUAAUUUUAGUUCAUGAAGAUAUACCGAUGAAAACCGCAGAGUGGUUGAAUGUGCCAUGUCUCAGUACCAGAUUGAUUAAUCCAGAAAAUAUGGGCUUUGAGCAGUCAGGUCAAAGAGAACCUCUCACAGUACGAAUUAAAAACAUUUUGGAGGAAUACCCUUCUGUAUCCGAUAUCUUCAAAGAGCUGCUUCAAAAUGCUGAUGAUGCUAAUGCAACAGAGUGCAAUUUUUUGAUUGACAUGAGAAGAAAUAAUGACAUAAGAGAAAACCUUUUGGAUCCAGGAAUGGCAGCUUCUCAUGGACCAGCUCUGUGGUCUUUCAACAAUUCUGAAUUUUCUGAUUCUGACUUCCUAAAUAUAACUCGACUAGGUGAGUCUCUAAAAAGAACAGAAGUUGACAAGGUUGGAAAAUUUGGCUUGGGAUUUAAUUCUGUUUAUCACAUCACCGAUAUUCCCAUCAUUAUGAGCAGAGAAUUCAUGAUAAUGUUUGAUCCAAACAUCAAUCAUCUCAGUAAACAUAUAAGGGAUAAAUCUAAUCCUGGGAUUAAAAUUAAUUGGAGUAAACAACAGAAAAGACUUAGAAAGUUUCCUAAUCAGUUUAAGCCAUUCAUAGGUGUGUUUGGUUGUCAUCUCCCAUUGACUGUGGAAGCACCUUAUAGUUAUAAAGGGACACUUUUUAGACUUUCAUUUAGAACGCAACAGGAAGCUAAAGUGAGUGAAGUUAGCAGUACUUCCUAUAAUACUGCAGACAUCUAUUCUCUUGUGGAUGAGUUUAGUAUUUGUGGGCACAGAUUGAUAAUCUUUACCCAGUGUGUAAACUCGAUGGUUUUGAAGUAUUUGAAAACUGAGGAAACCAACCCUGGUGCAGCUCAAGAGACUGUAACUAUUAAAAAAAACCUAUGCCCGUCGAAAGCAAUAACAGCCCCUGUUACAAGUGUACUAAAGGAAGCUGCUAAAGUCAUGAAAACCUGUAGUACUAGUACAAAAAAAUGUCCUGCUGAAUCACCAAAGUCAUCAUGUAUAUUGCAAAUAACAGUAGAAGAAUUCCAUCAUGUAUUCAGGAGAAUUGCUGAUUUGCAUUCUCCAGUUUUUAGAGGACCUGAAGAUGACACCGUUUCUUUCUUUGAAAUGGCUAAAUCUGGACAGAUUAAAAGACCUGUUGAUGAAUUACCACAAAAAACUGUAGAUACUACAACGUGGCUUUUAUGUUCUUGCAUGGAUACAGGAGAGGCCUUAAAAUUUUCCUUACAUGAGAGUGGUCGAAGGCUAGGACUUGUCCCUUGUGGUUCAGUAGGGGUUAUGCUGUCUGAAAUAGAGGAUCAAAAAUGGACAGUAAAACCUAAUUGCAGCAAUUUAGGAGAGGUGUUCUGCUAUUUACCUCUUCGAAUCAAGACAGGUCUUCCUGUUCAUAUCAAUGGUUCUUUUGCUGUUACAUCAAAUAGAAAAGAAAUAUGGAAAACUGACACAAAAGGAAGGUGGAACACAGUAUUCAUGCGACAUGUUAUAGUAAAAGCCUAUUUGGAAGCUCUUGUGGUUUUACGCAACAUGGCAAUUUGUGGUGAGCUAGAGGAUUACAGUUACUAUGCAGUGUGGCCUGAUCCUGACUUGGUCCAUGAUGAUUUUUCAGUGAUAUGUCAAGGAUUUUAUGAAGAGAUAGCUCAUAUGAAAGGUAAAGAAGGGAUCAGAGCAUUUUCUGAUGGUUUGUCUUGGGUAUCCAUGAAGAAUGUGAGAUUCCUAGAUGAUUCACUAUUAAAACGUCCUGACAUAGGAAAUUCAGCCUUUCAGAUUUUUCUGAAAUAUCUUAAAAAAACAGGCUCAAAAAAUCUCUGUGCUGUAAACCUUCCUUCCUGGGUGAAAGCAGGCUUUGAAGAAGCAGGGUGUAAACAAGUAUUACUAGAGAAUACUUUUUCAGAAAGACAGUUCUUCUGUGAAGUAUUUUUUCCAAAUAUUCAAGAGAUUGAAGCAGAACUCCGUGACCCUUUAAUGCACUAUGUACUAAAUGAGAAGGUUAGUGAGUUCUCAGAAAUUCUUUGUAUUACUCCAUGUAUCCCUUGUUCUUUGACUGAUCACUCCCUAGUAGAGCCUUCUAGGCUGAUCCAUCCCGAAGGCCGAGUUGCAAAGUUGUACAAUAAAGAAGAUGGAAGAUUUCCCCAUGGCACUAGUCAGGACUACCUUAAUCCAGUAAUUUUGGUCAAAUUAGUCCAGUUAGGAAUGGCUAAAGAUGAUAUUUUAUGGGAAGAUCUUAUUGAACGUGCAGAAUCUGUAGAAGAAAUCAACAUGACAGAUCAUGCUGCAGCUUGUCUCCGAAGUAGUAUACUGUUAAGUCUCAUUGAUGAGAAACUUAAGUGCAAAGAUCCUAAACCUAAAGAGUUUGCUGCAAAAUUUCAAACUAUACCUUUCCUUCCGUUUCUCACAAAACCAGUAGGUUUCUCCUUGCAUUGGAAGGGUAAUGAUUUUGGACCUGAAACAAUGUUUUCAGCAAUGGAUCUUUUUACUGCUGAUUAUCAGGAUAUAGUUUGCCUGCUGAAACCAAUUCUUAACGAAAAUUCCCAUUCUUUUAAAGGAUGUGGGAGCAUUUCUGUGGCAGUCAAAGAUUUUUUAGGCUUGCUUAAGAAACCAACUGUCACUAUGGUAAUAAACCAGUUGAAAGAGGUUGCAAGGUCAUUCGAUGGUAUUACUUUGUAUCAGGAAAACAUUACUAAUGCUUGCUAUAAAUAUCUCCAUGAAGCACUGCUCCAGAAUGGAACAACAAAAACUGUCAUCGUAGAGGAGUUGAAAAACUUCAGUUUCAUUCUGGUUGAAAAUGACUAUGUUGCUCCCACAAGCGUGUCUUUUCAUUUAAACUUUGAGGCAGCCCCCCAUCUCCAUCAGCUCCCAAAUAAAUACAGAAAUAAUUUUCGUGAACUGUUUGAAAGUGUAGGUGUGCGCCAAGCUUUUACAGUGGAAGAUUUUGCUCAAGUACUUGAGUCAGUAAAUCAGGAAACAGGAAAUAAACCACUGACUGAAGAAAAUUUUCAGCUUUGUAGGAGGAUAAUCAGUGAAGGAAUAUGGAGUCUCAUUAGGGAAAAGAAACAAGAACUUUGUGAAAAAAAGUAUGGUGAAAUUUUAUUACCAGAUACUUGCCUUGCUCUUCUGCCUGCUAAUUCCCUGUGUUAUAACGACUGUCCUUGGAUAAAAGUUAAAGAUACACGCGUAAAAUACUGUCAUGGUGACAUUCCGAGGGAAGUAGCAGUAAAGCUUGGGGCUAUACCUAAGCGGCAUAAAGCUUUAGAACGAUACGCUUCAAAUAUCUGCUUCACUACACUUGGGAGUGAGUUUGGACAGAAAGAAAAACUGACAGGCAGAAUUAAAAGUAUUCUUAAUGCAUAUCCUUCAGAAAAAGAAAUGCUGAAAGAGCUCCUUCAGAAUGCUGAUGAUGCAAAAGCUACAGAAGUCUGCUUUGUGUUUGACCCUCGGCAACAUCCAGUGGAUAGGAUAUUUGAUGAAAAAUGGUCACCACUUCAAGGACCUGCACUAUGUGUUUACAAUAAUCAGCCAUUUACUGAAGAUGACAUUAGAGGAAUUCAGAACCUUGGGAAAGGAACCAAAGAAGGCAAUCCAUGUAAAACUGGUCAGUACGGUAUAGGAUUCAAUUCUGUGUAUCACAUAACAGACUGUCCCUCUUUCAUUUCUGGCAAUGAUAUACUUUGUAUCUUUGAUCCUCAUGCUAGAUAUGCACCAGGUGCAACAUCAAUUAGCCCUGGACGCAUGUUUAGAGACUUGGAUGCUGAUUUCAGAACACAGUUCUCUGACGUAUUGGAUCUCUAUUUAGGAGAUCACUUUAAACUAGAAAACUGCACUAUGUUUAGAUUUCCACUUCGCAAUGGAGAAAUGGCAAAAGUGUCAGAAAUCUCCCCAGUGCCCUGCUCUGACAGAAUGGUGCAGAAUCUUCUUGAUAAGUUGCGUUCUGACGGAGCAGAACUUUUGAUGUUUUUGAACCAUAUGGAAAAAAUUUCUAUUUGUGAAAUAGAAAAAACAACAGGAGCACUUAAUGUGUUAUAUUCAGUCUCUGGCAAAAUUACUGAUGGAGAUAGACUGAAACGAAAGCAGUUCCAUGUUUCUGUAAUUGACAGUGUAACUAAGAAGAAGCAGCUCAAUGAGAUCCCUGUGCAGCAAAUCACUUACACUAUGGAUACUGAAGACUCUGAAGGUAACCUUACUUCCUGGCUAAUUUGCAACAGGUCAGGUUUUUCAUCCAUUGAAAAAGUAUCUAAGAGUGUUAUAUCCGCACACAAGAAUGAAGACAUCACUCUUUUUCCCCGAGGAGGGGUUGCUGCAUGCAUUACUCACAAUUAUAAAAAACCUCAUCGGGCAUUUUGUUUCUUACCUUUGUCUUUGGAAACUGGGUUACCAUUUCAUGUGAAUGGACACUUUGCCCUAGAUUCUGCUAGACGAAAUCUGUGGCGUGAUGAUAAUGGAGUUGGAGUGCGAAGUGACUGGAAUAACAAUUUAAUGACAGCACUGAUAGCACCAGCUUAUGUUGAACUUCUGAUUCAGUUGAAAAAACGCUACUUUCAAGGGACUGACCCAACAGUGUCAGUAUUACAAAACACAUCUAUGCAUUCUGUGAAAGACACUUUGAAAAAGUUUCUAUCAUUUUUCCCAGUUAACAGACUGGAUCUGCAACCUGAUUGGUAUUGUUUAGUGAAAGCAGUUUACAGCUGCAUUCAUGAGGAAUCAAAACGUCUUCUACCUGUUGUGCGAGCGCCAAAUGUGGAUGGCUCUGAUUUACAUUCUGCAGUUAUCAUUACUUGGAUUAAUAUGUCUACUGCAAACAAAACAAAGCCUUUCUUUGACAAUCUGUUACAAGAUGAGUUGCAUCAGCUCAAAAAUGUAGAGUACAACAUUACAACGCGCAAGACAGUAGCAGAAAAUGUGUACAGACUAAAACAUCUCCUUUUAGAAAUUGGCUUUAACUUGAUUUACAGUUGUGAUGAAACUGCAAAUCUUUACCACUGUCUUGUGGAUGCAGACAUUCCUGUGAGUUAUGUGACUCCUGCUGAUGUUCGAUCAUUUUUGAUAACAUUUUCCUCUCCAGAUUCUAAUUGUCACAUUGGGAAGCUGCCUUGCCGUCUUCAGCAGACAAAUCUGAAACUUUUCCACUGUCUAAAACUUCUUGUUGACUAUUGUUUCAAAGAUGCAGAAGAAAGUGAAAUACAGAUUGAAGGAUUACCUUUGCUCAUUACGCUUGACAGUGUGCUGCAGGUUUUUGAUUCAAAACGUCCAAAGUUUUUAACGACCUAUCAUGAACUGAUUCCAUCUCGUAAAGAUCUGUUUAUGAACACCCUCUAUUUGAGAUACAGCAAUAUUUUACUUAAAUGCAAUGUAGCAAAAGUAUUUGAUAUCAGUAGCUUUGCCGAUCUGUUGUCAUCUGUGUUACCAAGAGAGUAUAAAGCCAGAGGUUGUAUAAGGUGGAAGGAGAACUUUGCCAGUGAAUCUUGGCUUAAAAACACAUGGCAUUUUAUCAGUGAAUCCCUACGUGCCAAGGAAGAGCAGGAUGAUGCAAAACCAACAUUUGAGGAUGUUGUUGAUACAUUGAAAGACUGGGCAUUGCUUCCCGGAACAAAAUUUACUGUCUCUUCUAAUCAGCUUGUUGUACCAGACUGUGAUGUCUUGCUUCCUCUCAGUCUUAUGCAUAUAGCUCUCUUCCCAAAUUCUCAGACUGACAAAGUUUUCCAUGCUUUAAUGAAAACUGGUUGCAUUCAACUUGCUUUGAACAAAAUUUGCUCUAAGGACAAUGCUUUAGUGCCCUUUUUGUCUGGACAUACAGCAAAUAUAGAUACUCCUCCAAGCAUUUUAAGAGCUAUUCAUUACAUGGUACAGACAUCAACAUUUAAGACAGAAAAAUUAGCUGAGAGUGACUUUGAAGCCCUUUUGAUGUACUUCAAUUGUAACCUAAACCAUUUAACAUCUCAGGAUGACAUUAAAAUUUUGAGGUCCCUUCCAUGUUACAAAUCUAUAAGUGGGCGAUACAUGAGCAUUUCAAAAUGUGGGUCAUGUUACGUACUGACAAGAAGUAUUCCCUCUGUUGAAGUGGAUAAGUGGACACAAUCAACUUCAGCUGCAUUUCUUGAAGAGAAAAUACAUCUAAAAGAUCUGUACACUCUGUUAGGUUGUGUUCCAGUAGAUGACCUCGAAGUUUAUUUGAAGCAUCUUAUACCAAAGAUUGAAAGUCUGUCUUAUGAUGCAAAACUUGAACACCUGAUUUAUUUAAAGAACAGGCUCUCCGGUAUUGAAGAAUCAUCAGAAAUAAAGGAACAACUGUUUGAAAAAUUGGAGAGCUUCUUGAUCAUUCAUGAUUCAUGUAAUAGAUUAAAACCUGCAAAGCACUUUUAUGAUAGGACUGUAAGGGUCUUUGAUGUUAUGCUCCCUGAAAAACUCUUCAUACCUCAAGAUUUCUUUAAGAAACUGGAACAACUUACAAAACCAAAAAAUCGUGCUGCAUUCCUCACAUCAUGGGUAGCAUUCCUCCGAAAUAUGGGACUAAAAUAUGUAAUUUCCCAGCAGCAGUUACUGCAGUUUGCUAAGGAAAUCAGUAUGAGAGCUAACACUGAAAACUGGACUAAGGAUACAUUGCAAAAUACAGUGGAUGUCCUUCUCCAUCACAUUUUUCAAGAAAGAGCUGAUUUAUUUUCUGGAAACUUUCUUAAAGAACUGUCUUCAAUUGCAUUCCUUUGCCCUGAACGAGCUCCUGCAGAAAUUGUAAGAUUCCAUCCACAGUAUCAAGAGGUUAAUGGAACACUCCCUCUUAUAAAGUUCAGCGGAGCCCAAGUUAACCCUAAAUUCAAACAGACGGAUGUUUUGCAGCUUCUAUGGACUUCAUGCCCUAUUCUUCCAGAGAAAGCAACACCUUUAAGUAUCAAAGAACAGGAAGGAAGCAGUCUUGGUCCUCAGGAACAACUUGAGCAGGUUUUGACUAUGCUUAAUGUCAACUUGGAUCCUCCUCUAGACAAAGUAAUAAAUAACUGCAGAAACAUAUGUAAUAUAACAACUUUAGAUGAGGAUAUGGUAAAAACAAGAGUUAAGGUUUUAAGGAGCAUCUAUGAAUUUCUUAGUACAGAGAAAAAAGAGUUCCGGUUUCAGCUUCGAGGGGUUGCUUUUGUGAUGGUUGAAGAAGGCUGGAAGCUCUUGAAGCCUGAAGAAGUGGUAAUAAAUCUUGAAUAUGAAUCUGAUUAUAAACCUUACUUGUACAAGCUUCCAUUAGAACUUGGUACAUUCCACCAGUUAUUUAAACACUUAGGCACUGAAGAUGUGAUUUCGACAAAACAGUAUGUUGAGGUUCUGAGUCGUAUAUUCAAGAAUUCUGAAGGAAAACAGCUUGACCCUAAUGAAAUGCGUACUGUUAAACGAGUUGUUUCCGGUCUGUUUAAAAGCCUUCAAAAUGAUUCUGUAAAAGUUAGAAGUGAACUUGAAAAUGUAAGAGAUCUGGCUCUUUAUCUUCCAAGUCAGGAUGGAAGAUUGGUAAAAUCAAGCAUUUUAGUUUUUGAUGAUGCACCUCAUUACAAAAGCAGAAUACAAGGAAACAUAGGGGUCCAGAUGUUGGUUGAUCUUAGCCAGUGUUACUUAGGCAAAGACCAUGGUUUCCACACUAAAUUGAUAAUGCUGUUUCCACAGAAACUCAGACCUCGCCUCCUCAGCAGUAUUCUUGAAGAGCAGUUGGAUGAAGAGUCACCAAAAAUUUGUCAAUUUGGAGCACUUUGUUCUCUUCAAGGGAGACUCCAGUUACUGCUGUCUUCUGAACAGUUCAUCACAGGGCUUAUUAGAAUUAUGAAACAUGAAAAUGACAAUGCAUUCCUAGCCAAUGAAGAAAAAGCUAUAAAACUUUGCAAGACCUUGAGAGAAGGCUUGAAAGUGUCUUGUUUUGAGAAGCUGCAGACAACAUUGAGAGUUAAAGGGUUUGCUCCUAUACCUCACAGCAAAAGUGAAACAUUUGCCUUUUUAAAGAGAUAUGGAAAUGCCGUAAUAUUGCUCUAUAUACAGCACUCAGAUAGCAAAGACAUAAAUUUCCUUCUAGCAUUAGCAAUGACCCUGAAAUCUGCAACUGAUAAUCUAAUUUCUGAUACUUCCUAUUUAAUUGCCAUGCUGGGCUGCAAUGAUAUUUAUAGGAUUAGCGAGAAGCUUGACAGUUUAGGUGUGAAGUAUGACUCUUCAGAACCCUCAAAACUUGAAUUACCUAUGCCUGGAACUCCUAUACCACCAGAAAUCCACUAUACCCUUCUCAUGGAUCCAAUGAAUGUUUUUUAUCCAGGUGAAUAUGUUGGUUAUCUUGUUGAUGCUGAAGGAGGCGAUAUCUAUGGAUCAUAUCAUCCAACUUAUACAUAUGCUAUCAUAGUACAGGAAGUAGAAAGGGAAGAUGAGGAAAAUUCCAGUUUCUUGGGCAAAAUUUAUCAAAUUGACAUUGGAUACAGUGAAUACAAGAUAGUAAGCUCUCUUGACUUAUACAAAUUCUCCAGACCUGAUGAAAGUUCUCAGAACAGAGACAGUGCGCCAUCUACUCCAACGAGUCCUACAGAGUUACCAGCCCACGGAACGCGCACCGUUCCCCCUCUUUUUCCUGGGAGGGAGAGUCACAAAUCCUCAUCCUCAUCUAAACAUCAUUCCCCAAAAAAGAUUAAAGCAAAUUCUCUGACAGAAAUUUUACGAGAAGUUACAUCAGUGGUGGAGCAAGCUUGGAAACUUCCGGAAUCUGAAAGGAAAAAGAUUAUAAGAAGACUGUAUCUUAAGUGGCAUCCAGACAAAAAUGCAGAGAACCUUGAUAUAGCCAAUGAGGUAUUCAAGCAUUUACAAAAUGAGAUCAACAGGCUAGAAAAGCAAGCUUUUAUAGACCAAAAUGCAGACAGGGUAUCCAGACGGACAUAUUCCUCCUCAGCUUCUCGAUUUCAGUCAGACAAAUUUUCAUUUCAGAGAUUUUACACUUCAUGGAAUCAGGAAGCGACAAGUCACAAAUCUGAAAGACAACAGUCAAAAGAAAAAUGCCCGUCUUCAACAGGUCCUUCAUAUUCCCAGCGUUUCUUUGUGCCGCCUACAUUCAAGUCUGUAGGAAAUCCUGUUGAAGCACGUAGGUGGUUGAGGCAAGCUAGAGCAAACUUUUCAGCUGCAAGGAAUGAUCUUCAUAAGAGUGCCAAUGAAUGGGUGUGCUUUAAAUGUUAUUUGUCUACCAAGUUAGCACUGAUUGCUGCUGACUAUGCCGUGAGGGGCAAGUCAGAUAAAGAUGUGAAACCAGGUGCACUCGCACAAAAAAUUGAGGAGUACAGCCAGCAACUUGAAGGACUUACAAAUGAUGUCCACACGCUGGAAGCAUAUGGUGUAGAUAGUUUAAAAACACGUUAUCCCGACCUCCUCCCGUUCCCACAAAUUCCAAAUGAUAGGUUCACUUCUGAGGUUGCUAUGAGAGUGAUGGAGUGUACAGCAUGUAUUAUAAUAAAACUUGAAAAUUUUAUACAGCAGAAAGUAUGAGGGAGGUUAAAGGCAUGGUGAAUUCAUACAUAUAUGUGCUAUAUCUCCAGCCACAGUUUUUCUAUAAGCUACUUAUUGGUGGCAUUUUAGUGUUGAUGUGUCAUGCAAUGAGCAAUAUGCCUUCGUGCAAUGUCAGUGGAAGUCAUUCUCUUAUGCCUCAAGAAGAUCAAAACCACAGAUGUCGGAAGAGCACAUCGGAGUUCAACUUUUGCUCGCAAGAACUGUAUACUGAAUGUGAUGGGAUAAAAUGUGAUUUGCUUGUGCAGCUACUGUAGUUUGGAGGCAAUCGUUUCUAGAAGCUUAUUAAUACUAUAUAUAUAUAUAUAUAUAUAUAUAUAUAUAUAUAUA